ACGCCCGCUUCCAUCCACCCCCUCACAGCCUCGCCGGGCCGGGCCGGACCGGACCAGGAGCCGCGGAUCAGAUCAAAAAUGAGAUGCUCUAUUAAGCUAUCUUGAAGAGGCAUGGCAUAGUUUGCAGUUAAUAGAAGUAUUUAAGGGUGAAACAUUAUGGACAUGGCUUCAGAUACAUGGAAUUUUUUUCUCCUCUGGAAAACUUGGGCAAAGAUAACUCCAUGAAUUCUGUCCUGAGUGGUAAAGCUCCACAGGUCAAUUGCAGCCUCAAGAUGUGGACAAAAUGACUGGGAAAAGGGAGAAAUUCAGCUGUUUAUCAUGGCGGAAUGCGGGAAACAUGGCAGCAAUAACAUUUUUUUCCUGUACUAUUACAACAGUGUUUCUGUUGUUAAUUAUUGCAGACAAAUGUGAUGCCUAUGAUGUGAUGCUGAGGCAAAGUCUUGUCCCUGCUAAGCAGCCUCUUGCUAUUAAGUGUUCGCUGGAAAAGAGCUGGAAAAGUGGAGACUACAACUUAACAUGGUAUAAAGUUGGUAACCAGGCAGCUGUACCUAGAGACAACCUUUCUAGAAUUCAUCAGCAGAAGAAUUUAAUUUGGUUUCUCCCUGCAAUGUUAGAAGAUUCUGGAGAUUAUGAAUGUGCCAUAAGGAAUUCGACAAGCAGCAGGAAAAUGUAUACAAAAGUAACUGUUUUUGAGAGGACUGAUGCUUUAUGCUUAAAUGAAAAAUUUGCUGUGGAGGAGGUGAUAUUCACAUUAUCAUCUGCGAAGGUUGUGUGUCCGCAUUUGGAUUUUUUCAGGACUGAGAAGAAUAUUCAGCCUGUUCAUUGGUAUAAGGACUGCCAGCCCCUGAAAGGGGAAAGAUUUGCCUUCUCAAACAACGAUCUUAUAAUUUUUAAUGUGACUGUACAUGAUAGAGGAAACUAUACAUGCAGAACAACGUAUACCUACAAUGGAAAGCAAUUUAACAUUUCACGAGACAUUAAGCUUACUGUAGAAGUGAGCCCACCAAAUAAGCCCCCUGAAAUAUCUCAUCCAAGAAACAAUUCAAUUGAAGUGGAACUUGGAUCAAAGGUUACAGUGGAUUGCAAUACAACAGGUGCUGAAGGGUAUGAGGUGUUUUGGACAGGCAACGGUGUGUAUGUUGAUGUAUUUUUCAUGAGCAGAAUUUUUGCAAGUCCUUAUGAGGAGGAAACUUCUUAUGAUGGACGCCCUAUGUAUUCUGUGAAGCUAAUAAUUUCAGAAGUGAAUAGUGAAGACUAUGAGCAGCCAUUUGUCUGUCAUGCCUCAAAUGCCUUUGGGCAGGUUGCAUCCUAUGUUAUUUUAAAACACAGAGUUCCUGAUACACGAAGAUGGCUGACUGGAGGGCUUGUCUCUCUGUUAAUUUUAACAUCGAUUACUUUAAUAAUCUGCAAGAUUUUCAAGACUGACUUGGUGCUUUGGUACCGUAAUUCUGUCUGUGCUUUUGAAAGUCAGGAAGAUGGCAAAAUCUAUGAUGCAUAUGUACUAUAUGCAAAAAGCAGUGGAGGCAGAAGCUCCUGUCAUCUGGAAACCUUUGUUCUUAGAACACUGCCUGAUGUUUUAGAACAGCAAUGUGGAUAUCAUCUCUUUAUAUUGGGAAGGGAUGAUCUACCAGGAGAAGCUGUGGUCAAUGUUGCAGAUGAAUCCCUUAAGCAGAGCAGAAGACUGAUGAUUAUUUUGGGAUCAGAAACAUGUAGCUGCUCCCUGUUGCAGGACGCCUCUGAACAGCAGCUAGCAAUGUACAACGCUCUCAUCCGCGAUGGGAUUCGAGUGAUUCUUAUAGAAAUGGAUGAAAUACUGGACUAUACAAGCAUGCCAGAAUCAGUCAAGUACAUUAAGCAAAAACAUGGAGCUAUCCAGUGGAAAGGGGACUUCUCAGAGAAAUCUUGCUCUGCAAAUACAGGAUUCUGGAAAAGGGUGCGAUAUCACAUGCCGUCCAAGAGAAAGAUGUCUUAUUCUGAAGUAUCUUUGUUGCCUCUAACUUUGAACAAUUCUGCACAAAAAGACAGUUAAGAUACACUUAUUAAAAUAACACCGAGAAGGUAAUUCUGAUUUGUUUUGUUUGGUUU